UCGUGCCUUCUUCACUUUAAAGCUCAUAUUGCCUCUCUCUGCAUGUGACCCUCAAAUCUUCUCUAUUUUUCCUGCUAUUAAUGCUUCUCCUUCCUUGCUAAUAUCUUUUCUCCUCUCUUCUCCAUCUUCAUCUCCCUGUUCCUUUAUUGCUUCUCUCUUGUUGGAUUAAGUUCUUCAAAUGAUGCCACCUGAGCAGGAGACCAGGAUCACCGGUGAUCCAGCUAAUGUUCUGGGGGCGAACCGGAUCGAGAAUGUCACAAUUCAUGCUGCAGAGCCAGCGAGUAAUGUGAGCCCGUGUUUGGAGGAUCAAACACCUGACGGACAGCAAACAACCAGACCUCAAUUUUCGAUUCUACGUGAAUCAUUACGUCCUGUGACACUCAAGUUUGAGGAUGUGGUUUAUGUUAUCAAGUUGAGAAGCACCGAAGGCAGCUGCUUUGGGUCACCUGAGCCCAAGCAAAGUCGCACUGUGCUCAAUGGGGUGAGCGGAAUAGCUCGACCAGGUGAACUGCUGGCAAUGUUGGGUCCAUCAGGCAGUGGAAAAACCACUCUCCUCACGGCUCUGGCUGGCCGAUUACCGGGGAAAGUCUCAGGUAACAUAACCUAUAACGGGCAGCCAUUUUCAAGCUCCAUGAAGCGGAAGACGGGGUUUGUCACACAAGAUGAUGUACUCUACCCUCACCUGACCGUCCUCGAGACCUUAACAUAUGCGGCCUUGUUAAGGCUCCCGAAAAAGCUCACUAGAGAGGAAAAAAUCGAACAAGCUGAGCUGAUCAUCGUGGAGCUUGGCUUAACAAGAUGCAGGAACAGUGUCGUAGGGGGUCCUCUCCUCCGGGGGAUAUCGGGUGGUGAGCGCAAAAGGGUGAGUAUUGGGCAGGAGAUGCUAGUGAACCCCAGCCUAUUGUUGCUGGACGAGCCCACUUCAGGGCUCGACUCAACCACCGCUCAGCGCAUAGUGGCCACUCUUCGGGGACUGGCACAAGGCGGGCGGACGGUGAUUACGACCAUUCAUCAGCCUUCAAGCAGGCUGUAUAGGAUGUUUGAUAAACUGGUGGUGCUCUCAGAAGGGUGUCCUAUUUACAGUGGAAAUGCUGCUAAUGUUCUGGAGUACUUCGGCACAAUUGGUUACCUGCCUGGAUUUAGCUUAUUGAACCCUGCUGAUUUUCUACUUGAUCUCGCUAAUGGUGUAGCCCCUGAUGUGAGAAAGGAUGAUCAACAGGAGUUUCAUGGUAGACCAGACAAUCAUGAUGAUCAAAAUUCCAUCAAACAGGCCCUGAUAUCAUCUUACAAGAAGAACCUAUAUCAUAGCAUGAAGGCUGAGAUCCAUCGUAAUUCUCAUGGUUCAGAUGGGUCUGCAUCAGGACCAUUGUCAUCUAGAGGUUGUGAGAAUCAAUGGACCUCCAGCUGGUGGGAGCAAUUCAAGGUGUUGCUAAGAAGGGGCUUGCAAGAGAGGAAACAUGAAUCUUACUCUGGUUUGAGAAUUUUUCAAGUCAUGUCUGUUUCAAUUCUUUCAGGGCUUUUGUGGUGGCAUUCUGAUACUUCCCACAUACAAGAUCAGGUGGGACUUCUCUUUUUCUUCUCCAUAUUCUGGGGCUUCUUUCCUCUAUUCAAUGCCAUAUUCACAUUCCCUCAGGAGCGGCCAAUGCUAAUAAGAGAACGCUCAUCGGGCAUGUACCGUCUCUCCUCAUAUUACUUUGCUAGAAUGGCUGGUGACUUGCCUAUGGAACUUGUGCUCCCAACUAUCUUCGUAACCAUCGCAUAUUGGAUGGGUGGUCUCAAGCCUUCCCUGCUUACAUUUGUGCUAACCCUCUUGGUCAUCCUAUACAAUGUGCUAGUCUCUCAAGGGCUAGGACUAGCCCUUGGUGCCAUUAUAAUGGACGUGAAACAGGGCACGGCCUUAGCUUCUGUGACCAUGCUUGUGUUUCUUUUAGCAGGAGGAUACUACAUUCAGCACAUCCCACCUUUCAUUGCUUGGUUGAAGUACAUUUCCUUUAGUCACUACUGUUAUAAGCUUCUAGUGGGAGUGCAGUACGCAGAAAAUGAGGUUUAUGAGUGUGGGUUGAGGAUGCAUUGCAAGGUGUGGGAAUUUCCUGCUAUAAAGUAUCUGGGUAUUGAUCAUUGGGCUUGGGAUGUGGCUGCCUUGACUGUAAUGUUUGUGGGAUAUAGGGCUUUGGCUUAUGCGGCAUUGAGGAUGGGGCAACCUCACUGACAGUUAACAAUCCCAGACUGGUGACUGAAGUUUACUGAAGCUAAAGAAACUUAUCAAGAUGUUCUCUAAUGUGAUCAAGUAGUCAUGAAUUGAUGACCAGAAGUGUGAUUUUAGUACCUUGUUAGCCAAUUCAGAUUAAUGAAAUUGGAUUCUAAUCGUCUGAAAUUAUGUCAUUCAGUAACAUUGAAUUUUCAACUUGAUCAAUCUAUCAAUUAUUCCCAAAGAAA